AUGGGGUCUGGGAGCCUCCACAACGAGCGGCUCUACCUGGCCGUGUUUGCCGCUGUCCUGGGGAACUUCAAUUUCGGCUUCGCCCUGGUUUACCCCUCGCCCGUCAUCCCCGCGCUGGAGGCUCAGCCCAGCCCUGCGCUGAGGCUGGACCAGCACACGGCAUCCUGGUUCGGGUCGGUGUUCACGCUGGCAGCGGCGGCGGUCUACAUCUCGGAGAUCUCCCACCCUGGGGUCAGAGGCAUGCUGGGCGCUUGUCCUCAGAUCAUGGCAGUGCUGGGCUCCCUCAUCCUGUAUGCCCUGGGGCUGGUCCUGGACUGGCGCUGGCUGGCCGUUGCAGGGGAGGUGCCCGUGCUGCUGAUGAUCGUCCUGCUCUGCUUCAUGCCCAACUCGCCCCGGUUCCUGCUCUCCCAGGGGAAAGACGAUGAGGCCCUGCGGUCACUGUGCUGGCUGCGGGGCAAGGACACAGACUACGCCCGGGAGUAUGAGCAGAUCAAGGACAGCGUGAGGAAGCAGAGCCGGCGGAUUUCCUGUGCCGAGAUCAAGGGCCCCUUUAUUUACAAGCCCAUCCUGAUUGCGGUGGGGAUGAGGUUCCUGCAGCAGCUCUCCGGUGUCACCUGCGUCCUUGUGUACCUGCAGUCGAUAUUCAAGAAAACAUCGGUCAUCCUGAAACCAGAGUACGAUGCAGCCCUUGUUGGCUUGGUACGUCUCUUCUCGGUGGCGAUCGCUGCUGUGUCGAUGGAUAAAGCUGGGAGGAAGAUCCUUCUCUUUGUAUCAGCUGGUGUCAUGUUGGUCUCCAACCUGACCAUGGGGCUCUAUAUCCACUUGGUGCCAGCUUCUCAGAACGGCACCAUUGCCAACAAGACGCUGGUGACCUCUGCCAACCUUCCUGCUGAGCCGACCAACUACAUCACCCUCAUCCCCCUCCUGGCAACCAUGUUCUUCAUAAUGGGUUACGCCAUGGGCUGGGGCCCCAUCACUUGGUUGCUGAUGUCGGAGAUCCUCCCUCUGAAAGCCCGUGGGGUGGCCUCAGGCCUCUGCGUCGUCGUGAGCUGGCUGACGGCCUUCACCCUGACCCAGUUCUUCCUCCGGGUUGUGGAAGCCUUUGGCCUCGAAGUGCCCUUCCUAUUCUUCGCUGUCAUCUGUGCUGGGAACAUCUUAUUCACAGGCUGCUGCGUUCCCGAAACCAAAGGCAGGUCCCUGGAACAGAUCGAGGCCUUCUUCAGGACCGGCCGGAGGUCAUUCAUGAGGUAG